CCCACGUCGAGCGAGUGAUAGAAAGGCAUGUGUUCUCUGGCGUGCAGAUCCCUGGAGUGGAAUGGAAGAUCAAGGGUCAUAGGGGUCGAGCCGCUCGUAUCAGCUACCGAUAUCGUGUUCUGUGUUCUCCUCACUAUUACGAUUACACUUGUGCCAAAUUUUGUAGGCCGAGGGACGAUCGGUUUGGACAUUACAAAUGCGACGAGCAAGGGGACAAAGUUUGUUUGCAAGGCUGGCAAGGUCCCAAUUGCGAAACAGCUGUGUGCAAGCUUGGUUGCCAUCCAGAGCAUGGUUACUGUACUGUACCAGGGGAGUGCAAAUGUCGUCCCGGUUGGAAGUCAGAAUUAUGUGAUCAGUGUAUGCCAUAUCCAGGAUGUAAGCAUGGCUAUUGUAAUGGUUCUCCAUGGCAAUGCAUCUGCGACAUCAACUGGGGAGGCAUACUUUGCGAUGGAGACUUGAAUUUCUGCGGAACCCACGAACCCUGCCAGAAUGGUGGAACAUGUGUAAAUGCUGCGCCGGACAAUUACACAUGCAGAUGUGCAGAAGGAUUUUCAGGAACAAACUGUGAUAUUGUUGAUAACCCGUGUGCUGCAUCUCCCUGUCUCAACCAAGGCACAUGUUCUGAGAUUAACAGUACCUUCACCUGUACUUGUUUACCAGGAUGGACUGGAAAUAAAUGUCAAACAAACAUAAAUGAAUGUGAAUCGGAUCCUUGUCAGAAUGGUGGUACCUGUUUAGAUCUUGUGAAUGGUUACAGAUGUUUGUGUGAUCCUGGAUGGCAAGGAAACCAAUGUCAAUUUGAUGCCGAUGAAUGCAGCGUAAACCCUUGUGUGAAUGCCAUUAGUUGCCGAAAUCUAGUGGGAGAUUAUCAGUGCACUUGUCUUCCUGGAUGGGAUGGCAAGAAUUGCGAUCAGAACCUCAAUGAUUGCCUUGGACAGUGCCUGAAUGGUGCAACCUGCAUAGAUCUAGUAAAUGACUAUCAUUGCGCAUGUCUACCAGGAUUCACUGGCCGUGAAUGCCAGACGAAUAUCAACGAAUGUGCCAGCAAUCCCUGUCUCAAUGGUGGAGAAUGCGUGGACCUCGUAGCUGAUUAUCGUUGCAUAUGUCCUGUGGGAUACAAAGGAUAUCGCUGUGAGGUUGAUGAUGAUUUAUGUUAUCCAAAUCCAUGCCACAAUGGAGCUUCUUGUAUCAACAUGCAGUUUGAUUAUACGUGCCUUUGUCCUCCAGGUUAUCAAGGAAAAAAUUGUUCAUUGCCAAAAAUUCAGUGCCAAAGACCACCUUGUGAAACCCAUAGAGACAGAUGUGCCACAGCAGCCCCGAAUUCUUCUCUGGGAGUGAGACAUGUUUCUUCCAGCUUGUGUGGAGAUCAUGGAAAAUGCAUCAAUGAUCACAUGGGUGGGUUUUCUUGCAUCUGUGAUGCAGGCUAUACCGGACGGUACUGUCAUGAGAAUAUAAAUGACUGCAUUUCUUCGCCAUGUAAAAAUGGUGGGACAUGUGUGGAUGGACUAAAUUCUUUCCAAUGUUUUUGUCAAGAAGGUUGGGAAGGACGUUUCUGCCAGAUAAAUAAAAAUGACUGUGACCCAAAUCCGUGUAACAAUAAUGGAAGUUGCAUUGAUGGAAUUGCAGAUUAUAUUUGUAACUGCAGAGAUGGCUGGAAAGGCAAAACUUGCAGUUUGCGUCAUGGUCACUGUGACUUGAGUACGUGUCAGAAUGGAGGGACAUGUAUUGAUUUAGGAGAGACUUUUAGGUGUCAUUGUAAGGCAGGAUGGGAAGGCCACACCUGUCAAAUUGCAAAAAAUCCCAGUUGCCAUUCAAAUCCUUGUCAUAAUGGAGCUACUUGUGUUAACAUUGGGACCAAUUUCCUGUGCAUAUGCAGGGAAGGCUAUGAAGGCCCUCUUUGCCAAUAUGAUUCUGAUGACUGUAAUCCCAAUCCUUGUCAUAAUAAUGGCACAUGCAUUGAUGGUGUCAACUGGUUCUUGUGCAAAUGUAGCACAGGCUUCUUUGGACCUGACUGCCGUAUUAACAUUAAUGAAUGUGCGUCUGCUCCGUGCGCACAUGGCAGUACAUGUGUUGAUGAGAUUGGAACUUAUCGAUGCAUCUGUCCUCCUUAUGUGACUGGGCAACAUUGUAAUAUAUCUUUGUUACCUCCUGAUGCAAGUGAUUAUUGCUUAUGGAAAGGACAGAUACAUGCAGAAAAUAGCAUUUGGAACGAUGAAUGCAACACUUGCAUUUGUGUAAAAGGAAAAACUCAGUGCACAAGAAUAUGGUGCAGCCCUCGUAUUUGCGAUUUGGAUCCAAAUUCCACAAAACAAAUGUGUCCUAAUGGCCAAGCAUGUGUUGCAUUCCCAUCUGAUAUUUGCUUCACACCUCCUUGUCAUUCACAUGGACGAUGUGAAAUGAAUCAUAACAGUUCUGAGGCUUUAUCUCAAGAAAUUGUACCUGCUGAAAACUGUCAACCAAACAAAAGUGUCCUUAGUAAUAAUUGUGCUAAAAUUACUCUUUUCUUCAACAGAAAUGAAAUGUCCAAUGGCAUUCUUGUCGAAGAGAUUUGCAGUCAAGUCCGAAAGCUUCCCAUAUCCUACCUUUUGCAUAAAAGCAGGAGCAAAGAAACCAUAAUUAUUUUAUGCAGCAUAAAGACGAAUGAAGAAGACAGUAUAGAAGUUACUAUAUCAUCUUCUGGCAAAUCGACAAUUGACACAUUCCAUACAGUCAGCAAUAUCACAAAGAAGAUUGCAGAUCUGAUCAGUAGAAAACAUCACAACAACUCUAUUUUAUCUGGAGUAAUAGAAGUGAAAGUUGAAACCUCAAUGAUUAAUGCUGAUUUUAGAGAGCGAAGAAGCUAUGCUCCUCUUAUAGUACUGCUUUUAUGCAUUAUGAUAUUCAUAUCUGUUGCUAUUGGAGUGACAUGGUAUUACUGGCAUUACUACCGCAAGAAGAAGAGUAGAAGUACUCAUUGCAAUUCUCUUCCUCGAUCAUAUAGCACAAAGCUCGAUCAACUUGAGAAAGAAGAAAAAGCUAAUAAUCAGAGUGAUAACAAUUUAUGCCGAUAUCACAACACUCUUCAGUCCACAUCUUCCAGAGACCAGCAGUGCUCAUAUAUACCCAGUGGAUCAUCAGAGAUGAUCGAUUUUGAUCCCGAUAAAGUGGACUUAUCGAAUAGAAUAUACAAAUCUAAACUUCCCGAGGCUUGUGUGAAUUCAACUAUUUCUAGUGAAAAAGAUUGUGAAAAGAACAACACAUUAAGAAAACUCUCCAAUCACACAAAAGGAAAAGCAUCCGGUGUCGUCAUUUAGCAUCAAUGCACAAUGCAUAGCAUAACUAUUUAUUUUUUGGAACUACUUUACAGAUUCCUAUCAUUAUCAUCCCUCUUCCCACAGUCAGUCAUUUGCACAGAGGAGUUCUUUUACAGGUAUAUCUGUCUUGAAUGUACAAUUAUACUGCAUAGAGCAAGAGCAAGACAAACAGAUACACACUCAACCUGAUUAGGUAUUUUGGCUAAAAAAUUUAAAGUAUAUAUUGCUGUAAAUUUCUUAACAUUUACAACAUUUAAUAUCUUCAAAUCAGUCUUAACCACAGGGCAAAUGAAAAUGAAUUUCAAAUGAAACUUCUUUGGAAACCAUGGGUGACUAACUAUGAAAUUCUUGUGUAAUCGAUGCUAAUUGUAAAUAACUGACAGAUAGUACAAACUAUUGUUCCCAAAAACUGUUUAAAGUAUAAUUCUUAUCAAUGUAUUAUGGCAUAUUAGGCAUCUAAUAAUUCUCCUUUAAAGCUUAACAUACUGAAUGUCGAUAUCAUGAAAUGAUUAUGACUAUGAUACAACAACGAAAUUUUGCCUUAUCUCGUUUGGCUUAAUUAGUAGUCAGUAGUUUUAAUUAGUAAUCAGUAGCAUUAAUGUAGAGCAGUGCUCCGCAACCUUUUCUCACCUGCGACGCACAAAAAAUCUUUCUGGAAUUUCGUGGCACACCAAAGAGUUCCGAGUUAUCAAGGAAGUGCCGAAAAAAUUCAAAUGCUGACACAC